GACUUGAAACUGGAUGUUUAUAAGUCGGCGUAUGAAAGGGAUUUCGUUGUCGGAUUUAAUUUUAUCCCACUUUUAAAGCAUAUCGUGUGUAUGAUCAAUCACCAUGUCUUCAGAUUCGAAGAAGUCCUAUCUAGAUCUCGUGAAAGCUUGUGAUAACUUUCCAUAUGAUGAAAACAUCGACGAACUAUACAAACUCUACCUCCCAGACGAUGGCCGGGUCCAUGGCUACAUGCUCCCCGAAAUCGUGUCCCAGAUGCCCUGGUCCCCCGACUUCACCGUCACCCAAAGUCAUCCCCUAAGCGUCCAACUGCAUCCCACCGACAUCUCCACCACCAAUCUCUCCAGCGCAUGCAACAACGCCUUCGCAACCGUAAUCAACGAAGCAAUCGACAAAAACAUCUUCAGCACUCUCCACGGCGAACACAGCGAACCCUACGCCAUCCCGGGCGCCAAAGAACCCGUACACCUCGAACGCUACGCCGCCUCUCUCUUCGGUAUCGUGUCCCGUGGUGCGCAUCUCACCAUCUUCACGCGGGGCGACUCCGGCGAAAUGAAAAUCUGGGUCGCAAAACGCAGCGCGCAUCUUUUUACUUAUCCCGGAAAAUUCGACACGACGGUUGCGGGGGGCGUGCGUGCAGAUGAAUCGCCCUUUGAAACGAUUGUUCACGAGGCUGAUGAAGAGGCUUCGUUGCCCGCGGAGCUUAUUCGCUCCGGUGUGAAAUCGACCGGUGUGAUUACGUAUAUGAAAAGGAGUGGGGAGGGGUCGGGAGGGGUCAAGGGAUUGGUGACGGCGGAUAUGAUAUUUGUGUAUGACUUGGAGGUUGGGGAGGAGAUGGUUCCGCGACCGAGGGAUGAUGAGGUCGAGGGCUUUUAUCUGUGGAGCGUGGAGAGGGUGAUGGAGGAGCUGGGGAAGGGGACCUUCAAGACGAAUAGCGCGGUGGUGAUGAUUGAUUUCUUUGUGAGGCAUGGCGUUUUGAGUAUGGAGAAUGAGAGGGAUUUUGCGGAGAUUGUUAUGAGGAUGCAUAGGCAUUUGCCGUUUCCGACGGCGGGGGGAAGUUAGGUUUGGGUUGUGGGAGUGGGGGCUGGGAUCUGGAAUUUGGAAUUUGGGAACUUUCUUUGAGGUGGGAUUAGAUACAUGGUUUUGCUAGAUAUAGAUUUUAGGAUGACGAGAUAGAUAGAUCAUUGGUAGAUAUGAGUAUUGCUUUACUCUGUUGACAUGUUCUCACGUGUGAGAUACGUAAGGCUUUGUGAAGAUUUAGACCAUUUACAUGGAUUACAUAGCACGAAAUAUAUCAAC